ACAGAUGCUUGUUUUUAACGCUCUCGACCCCAGAGACUCGUGUUUGCCAAACUAACUUUAUUCAUGUGAGGGACGGCUUCUCUUGGGAAAGCGCUGGAGAUUUCCGCUGGUUUUCGUCGUUUCCAGCUGACAAAAUGACUUCCAGAUAGACCGAGCCGAAUGCGAGGAAAGUGGAUCAGCACAUGUUUACCGCUCAGAGGACACGGUUUGUUUAGUAGCCUAUAUCAUUUAAUGAGGACGCCACAGCAAUGACAGAGUCUGAAUCCGAGUCAUGGAGUGUGUUACAGUGUUUCCAGAGCAGACGGUCAGUCAGCUGAAGGCUGUUUGGCAGAGAUGGGCUCAGUGACCUCAGCUUUCAGCAGGUCUCGCAACACGUUGGUCAAAGUGGGUUCGGAGCCGCAGAAAGAUCCGGACGGGAAAACGCGGAGUGGGUCCGGUGUGAUGGCAAAGCAAACUAGCAAACAACCGCUGGAGCGGAAAACAACCGGCGCCUCCAGAGCAAACACGCCACAAACUCCUGCGUCUGCUACAGUGGCUAAUGAGGAUGGGGAGACCAACAGCAGGCCGCUGGCGAGAUUUGCACGCUCAAAGUCUCAGAGUGCGCUAUGGAACACACUCACUGCUGGGACGUGCAAGAAGGAGAAGGUCAAAGUUCAGAGCGACGUUCCAGACGAUCCACGCAGAAUAGAAGAGAUCCUGGCGGAUGAGCUUCCCUCUUCAGAUGUCCCAGAAGCAACAGAGAAAACUGCUGUCAGAUUACGAUGUUUGGUAAAACAGUUGGAGAGAGGAGAGGCGUCUCUCGUGGACCUGAAGAAAAACCUGGAAUAUGCUGCCACUGUUUUGGAAUCGGUCUAUAUUGAGGAAACAAGGCGAUUGGUCGAUACCGAGGAUGAGCUCAGCGAUAUCCAAUCAGAUUCCGUGCCGUCAGAGGUCCGUGAUUGGCUGGCCUCCACCUUCACGCGGCAGAUGGGCCUGAUGCUACGACGGACCGAAGAGAAGCCGCGAUUUCGCAGCAUCGUACACGCAGUGCAGGCUGGGAUAUUCGUGGAGAGAAUGUACCGGAGAACCUCUAACAUGGUGGGACUGAGUUACCCUCCAUCUGUCAUAGCAGUGCUUAAGAAUGUGGAUAAGUGGUCUUUUGAUGUAUUUGCUCUGAACGAGUCGAGCGGUGACCACGCUCUCAAAUUCAUCUUUUACGAGCUCCUCACCCGAUACGACCUCAUCAGCCGCUUCAAGAUCCCCGUCUCAGCGCUGGUCUCAUUUGUGGAGGCUCUGGAAGUGGGAUACAGCAAACAUAAAAACCCCUACCACAACCUGAUACACGCAGCCGACGUCACACAGACCGUGCACUACCUGCUCCUCAAGACGGGGAUGGUGCACUGGCUGACAGAGUUGGAGAUUUUUGCAAUGCUUUUCGCUGCUGCCGUCCACGACUACGAACACACCGGGACCACAAACAACUUCCACAUCCAGACCAGGUCGGACACGGCCAUCCUGUACAACGACCGCUCUGUGCUGGAGAGUCAUCACGUCAGCGCGGCGUAUCGACUGCUGCAGGACGACGACGAGAUGAACAUCCUGUACAACCUCUCCAAAGAUGACUGGAGAGAGCUCAGGGCGCUCGUGGUCGAGAUGGUUUUGGCCACUGACAUGUCCUGCCACUUUCAGCAGGUCAAAGCCAUGAAGAAUUUCCUCCAGCAGCCCGAGGGAAUUGACAAACCCAAUGCUCUGUCUCUGCUGUUACACACGGCUGACAUCAGUCAUCCAGCCAAGAACUGGGAUCUACACCAUCGCUGGACUACAUUUACCCUUUGGGAAGCUAUAAUGGGGUCCUUUAGAAAAGGGGCCUAUCCAAAUAUGCCCCAAAGCCUAUAA